AAAAAAAUAAUAAUCGAUUGGCAAAGUGAACAAAGUUUCAUGUUCGGGGAAAAUCCAAUUAUUAAUCGAUUGAUAAUCGAUUAUUAAAUAAACAGCAAAUAAAAAAAAGAUUAUGCCAUGCGAAAAAAGAAAAUUUUGCUUAUGGGCACAUUGCUGUUCAUGGGCUGGUGUACAAUACAGCUCUAUUUAUUUGUUCAUAAACCACAAUCACAACGAUUAAAAUCGGCAUUACCAUGGUUUAUACGUGGUAAUAGUGAUAAUACUGAAAUCGAUAAUUCCAUUUCAAAUACUGAUCAUUUAUCCUCAUCCUCCUCCUCAUCAUCAUCAUCUUCAUCAUCAUCAUCAACAUUAAGUCAUAAGAAAUCCGGUGGUGAAAUUGAUAAAAUAAUUGAUAAUAAUAAUAAUAAAAAUAGUGCCAAUAAUAAUAAUAAUAAUAAUAAUGUUAAAAAUGAUAAUAAUUUUAAAGAUAAUAAUGGCCGAAUUGUAAAAAAUACUAAUAAUAAUAAUAAUAAUAAUACUGAAGAAAACGAAAAAAUGAAAAUGAAAACAAUUGAUUUUGAUGAUUUAUCAUUAAAAAUUGAACAUCUUGAAUAUGAUCUCAGUCAACAAACCAAAUCAACUGAAGUGAUGUUACGUUUGCUCAAAAAUAUUGGUAAAUUGGCCAAUAUGAUGAACAAAACUGUUUAUGAAGUGAUUCAUGAUAAAAAAUUAAUAGAAAAAAUUAUUAAUCCACCAGUGAAUAAGAAACCCGUAAUUUGUGUAUUAUUAUUUGCGUGCAAUAGAAUAACAGUGAAAAGAAAUUUAGAACAAUUAUUUAAAUAUCGUAAUGAUUCGGAAAUAUUUCCAAUUGUUGUUAGUCAAGAUUGUAAUCAUGAAGCAACCAGGCAAAUAAUUGAAUCAUAUGGUGAUAGAUUGACAUUCAUUCAACAACCAGAUCAAUCCGAUAUACAAUUGAAAGGAAAAAAUCAGAAAAAAUUUAAAGGUUAUUAUAAAAUUAGUCGUCAUUAUGGUUGGGCAUUAAAUUAUACAUUCAAUAUAUUGAAUUAUGAAACUGUAUUGAUUGUUGAAGAUGAUCUUGAUAUUGCACCAGAUUUUUUUGAAUAUUUUCUUGCAUUAUAUCCAUUAUUACGUUCUGAUUCUAGUUUAUAUUGUAUAUCAGCUUGGAAUGAUAAUGGUAAACAAUCAUUAAUUGAAAAAGAUCCAACCAAAUUAUUUCGUUCAGAUUUUUUCCCAGGUCUUGGUUGGAUGUUGACUAAAGAUCUUUGGCUUGAAUUUCAACAUAAAUGGCCUAAAGCUUUUUGGGAUGAUUGGAUACGUGAACCAGAACAGCGAAAAAAUCGAGCCUGUAUACGUCCGGAAAUAUCACGAACACGUACAUUUGGUAAAAAAGGUGUUUCAAACGGUUUAUUUUUUGAAAAACAUUUAAAAUUUAUUCAUUUGAAUGAUGAAUUUGUGCCUUUUACUAAAAUGAAUCUAUCUUAUCUUUUAAAGGAAAAUUAUGAUGUUGAAUUUAUAAAACAAGUUUAUAAUAGUCGAUUAAUAUCAUUGUAUGAUUUAAGAAGUUUGCCUAUUAUUUCAAAAAAUGAUUUAAAACAACAACAACAACAACAAUUAUUGAAUGACAAUCAAACAUCAUCAAUGUCAAAAUUAUCACCAAUUGCAUCAAAAUAUUCAGUUCGUAUACAAUAUGAAACAAGGGAUCAAUUUAAAAAGGCUGCCAAAAUGUUCGGCUUAAUGGAUGAUUUUAAGUCGGGCGUACCACGUACCGGUUAUCAGGGAACUGUAGGUUUUAUCUAUCAUGGUUAUCGUGUUUAUUUAGCACCUAGUCCAAUGUGGAAUGGCUAUAAUGUUACAUGGAAAUAAUGAAUGAGACAACAACGAUUUUUCAUUUCAUUUCAUAAACUUUUUUUUCAUCAUCAUCCAUUUUUUUUCCUUUUUUUCUACCACUUUUUUCUUUCUGCU